UGAAGUCCAUUUAGCAGAAUUUGGCCACGACCUACGUUCACCCUGGUCCCAAAUUGCAUUUGUACAGCUCGAACUUCGAAGGAAGAAACUAGGAUGGCGCAAAAUUUAAAAGUGUGUGAAUUGGGUGAAGGCGUCGCAGACAAAUUGAAGAAGCUACGAUUCAGAAAGGAAAAGACAAAUAGUGCAUUGAUUUUUAAAAUCAAAGACGAGGUGAUAGUCCUGGAGGAUGAACUUGAAGACAUGUCAGUUGAUGAGUUGCAGGCAGAGUUACCCACCAGCCAGCCGCGCUACGUCGUCCUCAGCUAUUGUUAUAAACACGACGAUGGACGAACCUCCUACCCACUCCUCUUCAUCUUUUUGUCUCCAUCAGGAUGUAAACCAGAGCAGCAGAUGAUGUACGCUGGAAGCAAACUAAAUUUUGUCAAGGCGUCUGGCCUUACAAAGGUUUUUGAGAUUCGGAAUGUAGAAGAGUUGACGGAGGAGUACAUUAAGGAAAAGCUUUCAUUCUUCCGUUAGUGCAGUCCUCAUCAUCAAGUCCAUAUCAGCUUGUCAUCUCACAGAAGCAACCCCUGAAUACUGAACUGGCUUAUUCAGUAA